AUGAUAAAUAAUAAAUAUUUUUUAAUCUGUUGCACUUCGAUGGUUAUCAAAGUGGCUUAUUGCAAAAUAUUCGCCACAGUGCUCACAACUAUAGUGGAUGAAGAAGUUUUGGUGUUGGUCAUUGGUGUGAUACGAGUGCAAAAAUUGAUUGAUUUCUUAGAGAAGGAUACUGCUAUGAUGAUCAAUAACGAAGAAAGAAUCGAUCAAAUAAAACAACAAAAACAAAGAGAGGAAGUGCAACAACAACAACAAAGUAGUAAAUUAUUUUUUAAGAUCAUCAAUCAUAAAUAUAUUGUAAAGUUAAUAUUCUCAAACAUUCAGAAUCAAAAUAUAUAUGAUAGAAGAUACAGACAGAUCUAUUGGGCAUCACAAGCAAUUAAAUCGAAGCAUUUCGGUGUUUUGAAACUGAAACUACAGAGAAAUGAUCCUUUUGAAUUCGUCGGUGAAGAUUUCAUCGAUCUCUUUGGUAGAUGUACAGAUAAUGAACUAUUAGAACUACUACUACUUAGAUACAAUCAAUAUCUUAAUGAUAGUUAUCAAUCAACUGAAGAUGAUGAUGUUAAUAUUACCACCUCUAUUGUAACAUCAUCAGCUUCAAUACAACAUCCACAAUAUUCAUUAAUAGAGAGUGCUGUCGAACAUGGUAAUAUCACUGCACUCCAACUGUUGAUUUAUCACUACAGACAUCUGCUGGGACCUGCAGACAUCUAUAAGCUAUUGGAUGUUGCACUGUCAGCCAGUAAUCAUGCCAGUAUAGAUAUCAUCAAGGAACUACAUCAUCGAUACACUCAAUUCACAGGUGCACUUAUCUACUCUGUCAGUAACCUACCUAUUAAAUUACAAUCAUCAUCCAGUUCAUCAACAUCAUCAUCAUCGUUAUCUUCAUCAUCGUCAUCAUCAUCAUCAUUAUCUAGCAAAGUAUCAUUGGUAUUCAAUAACAGUACACCAUCGUAUGCCGAUCAAUCAGCUAUGCUCUACCAACUACUAAAGUUUAUCAUGCAACAUAAACUAUCGAUUGACAUCAAAAACAAUGAACAGCUAGUAGAGAUACUGUUAGUUGCUGACGAAUCAAUGUUAAAAUAUUACUUUACAGAAACAACAAAAGUAACAACAUCCACUACUAUUACUAGUACACCACAACUAAAAUUCAACAAAUACACUGUAUUAUCACUUAUGAAUAGAUUAUGUUUAUCUAAAUCAAAUAAUAUCUAUCAACAUACCAACCUAUUAAUAGAUAUAAUAGAAAAUCUUAAUAUUUUAAACAAAUCAAUUAUAAAUCAAUUAAAAUUAGAAUAUAAUAGUAAUAACAAUAACAACAAUAGUAGUAAUAAUAAUAAUAAUAAUAAUAGUAGUAGUAGUAAUAUUUUAUAUAUUAAAACAAUUAAAUUAAUACGUAUGAUAUUAUAUAAAUAUAGAUUAAUAGAACGGUUUGAAAAUAACAACAAGAAGUCAGUUAACAGUGGAAACAUUGAAAAUUGGAGAAUAUUAUGUUUAUCUUUUAUUGUUGGAACAAAAGAUUUAGAGUUAAUUCAGAUGUUUUCAGAGUUAUUAAAUAGUUCUGAUGAUACUGUUGAUCAAACAACUACAGCUACAGCUACUUCUCUCAAUUUCGAAAAUAUUGGUAAUAAUAUUAAUAUAGUUGUACAAUCAUUGAUAUCGAUAGAUUUCGAUCCAAUCAUAGUGCAAUCACUAUACAAUUUGAAUCUUAUCAAUGACCGUAUGCUUAGAAGCAGUGUGACGAUGUUACUUGUACUCUCUUGUGAUAGUCACAUUGCAAUAUCACGGUAUAUCACACAACUGGUUGCCAUCGGUGAGGAUCCAAUCGAUCUGUUCGACCUGGUUUCACAAUACGUGAAAUCAAACAUCCUACCGUUGCUGUCGGAUACGAUCAUCGGACAACUACUAGCACUCGAUCGAAUCGAGAAGAAACUACAGCAUCUGAAUCAACAGCUACAACUUCAUCAACAACAGCACUCGGUGUAUCUACUGAAUAACAAUUCAGUUACCAACGCUGCAAACAGUGGCAGUGUAGAGUUGAUAAAUCAUCUGUUGAUCAAUCUAAGACAACCAGUGAAUCUAUCGAAACUACUGAUAAAGCUAACUCGUCAGGGUCACUUGUCAGCGAUUCAACAUCUCUUCAAAGCGAAUAUCUUUAACACUGACCUGAUCACCACUGAGACGAUAUCGAAUGCCAUAUUCAAUGGUGAUUAUCAUCUCAUUGGUUAUCUACUCGAUAGGAAUCCAACCAAUAUCAGUCUAAAUACAUUCUGCUUCUACAUUGGCAAAGUCGGAAGUGUUGAACUCUUUGAGCGAGUCAUUGAAUUGCCAUCGGGAAGAGAUCAACUACAACAAACAAACAAUCUAAACAUCAAUGAAAAUCAUCGUGACAAUGCAAUUCUCUAUUAUCUCUAUUGUGGUGGUUGUUUCUCCAGUGACUUUCAGUUUCUCAGCUACCUCGAGACCAACUACCAAUACCCGGAUGUCAGUAACAGUCACUCUCGGCUACAAGGUAUUCACUAUGCUUCGAUGAUGGGUAACAGUGUACUGCUUGCUCGAUUGUUCUCAGAGAUUGAACCACUGAUGGAUGCAGACACACUGCUCUCCGAGGUCGAUAAAAGUUUGGUGGUCUGUAUGAACUAUGACCGUGUAAACACAGCCAGACACAUCCUAUCGAUCAUGCUACCGAAAUACCCAAAGCUACUCAACAACAUACCGCAAUACCUAAAGAUGUCGGUCGACUAUGAGAAUACACCACUCAUCAAGUAUUUCAUUAAAAUCACCAACCAAUAUAAAAUGGUAGGUGUAGCACCAUCUAUCAUCUACAAAGGUUCAAAUCUUACAAUCAAAGAAUUGAUUUCAACCAUUCAAUAA